GGAACGUUGCACUAGCGCUACCAAGCGGCCCCACUUGAUAAACUCGCCGCUCCAACAGUAUCGACAAGAUGGCGGCCCUCAUCAGGCAUGGCUCGAAACUCCAAUGUCUUUGGUCGAGUGGAGCAUCUCUCUUGAUACCAAAAAAUGUGACGGAGUUUGGGGUACGAACGUUAAAACUUAAAACUCGACGAAGAAACGUUCUCGUGAGAAAAUUCGAAUGGGAUGGAAAAUCUCUUGCUGCACGAGGCUUCUUACGCCCCAUUAAAUCCUACGAGCCGGCCGCCGACGCUUCCGAUAAAUUAAACAGGAUUUGUGAAGAACACAAAUUAUCUACGGAUGAUUCAACCAAAAUCGAUGAUCCUCUUCAACGUUUUCAAGUUUUCGUUGCCGCUGAAAAAGAGUUUAAUUAUUCUCUGCCAAAUUCCGUGCUUCACGAGAUCGAAACCGUUGGUGAUUUGAGGAAUUUUUACAUCACACCGAUCAAUGCACAAGUACCUUUGGAUAACAUGAAAAAUGAAAAUUUACCAAAGAACCUUCACAUCUUGUACGAUUAUCACAGAUUCCAUCCUGACGACGACACGAAAUUUGGUGGAAAAACGGCAUUCCCGAAGAGUUCGACUAUCGUGACAGGUCUGAAAUACAGGAAAAAAUACAAAGGCCACACACAGCUGCAAUCUUUUUAUCACUGAACGAAGACAGGUUCAGUUAUUCCAACUGAUAAUAUUUGGCACCUGAAAAACCAAAAAUUGGGUUAAUAAAGAGGUCGAGGAAA